GAACUUAUAUAAACCUUAAUGAACUUUCAGCUUAAAAUAGACUUGACCCCUUCCACUACCAUUGCUAGAAGUUGUUGAAUCUGCAGAGAACAAAGAGAAGGGUUCAAAAGGGUUGAUUAAAUUUGUAGCAAUUCUUCCUCAGUGGUAACGAUGGGUGAAAAGAAGCCUUACUUAGCAGUGAUCUUAGUACAAUCAAUCUAUGCUGGUAUGUUCUUAGUCUCAAAAGCAGCCUUCAACGGUGGUAUGAACAAUUUUGUGUUCAUCUUUUAUAGACAGGCUGUUGCAACUCUUUUCUUGGCUCCUCUGACACUGCUCUUAGAAUGGAAAAAUAGGCCGCCUCUACCAUUCGUGACUUUCUGCAAGAUUUUUCUGCUCUCUUUAUGUGGGAUUACUUUGAGUUUGGAUAUCUAUGGAAUCGCGCUUGUUUACACUUCUGCAACUUUGGCUGCUGCAACUACAAAUUGCCUUCCUGUUAUCACUUUCUUCUUAGCCCUUUUGCUCAGGAUGGAGGUGUUGAGGUUGAGGACAUCUUCAGGUAUUGCAAAGCUUAUAGGCAUAGCAGCAUGCAUGGCUGGAGCAGCAACCCUUGCAUUUUUCAAAGGCCCCCAUUUCAAACUCUUAUGCCACCAUCAAAUUUUUGGAUCCAACGACAGCCAAGAGCUUGCAGGACAUGUUUCUUCUGGGAAAACUUGGAUAAAGGGUUGCUUCCUCAUGCUCAUGUCCAACAGCUUUUGGGGUUUGUGGCUUGUGUUGCAGGCUGGAAUUUUAAAGAACUAUCCAUCAAAACUUCUCUUCACUACGCUACAGUGCUUUCUAAGCUCAAUCCAAUCAUUUGUCAUUGCCAUUGUUUUGGUAAGAGAUCCUCACGAGUGGAUGCUUGGUUGGAACGUUAGACUUUUGGCUGUAAUUUAUUGUGGAAUUAUGGUCACUGGUGUUACCUUUUAUGUGCAAGCAUGGGUUAUAGAGAAGAAAGGGCCAGUCUUCUUGGCCAUGUCUACACCAUUAAAUUUGGUCUUCACGAUGGUCUGUUCUGCAAUUCUCCUAUGUGAAAUCAUCAGUUUGGGAAGCCUUAUGGGUGGAGUGUUGUUGGUUGGAGGCCUCUACAGUGUCUUAUGGGGGAAAAAUAAAGAAGAGAAAAUGAAUGAUAAAAAUUGCAUAAUAGUGGAUGCUGAAAAAGGAUGCUUGGAGUUGAAACAAGUCAUUCCCGUGGCCAAUAAGGGACAAUUGCCUGUUUAACUUAGACAAUGCAUAUUCUUCCUUUAAUUUCUCAUUUGAUUGCUAUUGUCGCGCAAGUGGAAUCCAUUGCUUCUUUCCAUGUCUUUCUUGCUUACCCCUCAUUUUUCCAUGAAGAUUAAAAGGAAAAAUAAAGACAUUAGAAAUGGAUA